ACAUCUUUAUUAUGCAGAAGAACGAAUUAGGGGUCAAGCAUCUUGCCUGAUGGCUCUGCUUCUCUUUGAUGAGAUCAUACAGCUGGAUAACGUACAGAACAGAAAGGAAAAUGAAACGAUGCUGGGAGGCAAGGAUUUUAUCAGGGUGCCGGAGCUGUUACCAACAAGACUCCAUUUACCCUUCCUCUUUAGUACUUAUUCCUGGCAUGAAGUGAAGGGUUUUUGUGAGGAGAUAAGGACCUUGUAUCAGGUACUUCAGGAGGAAGACUGGGAAGUUAUGAACCUCCUGAAGUCAGUGUGGGCUUCAGUGUGCGCGGGAGGGUUAGAAAAUCUAGACGAUGAGCAAGGCCAGUAUGAUACCUUCUCUGACAACUUGCAACUGACAUCUAGCAAUGUGGUAAUGCUGAGGUCAUCUGUCUUGAAGCUGGUAAUCAGUAAGCAUUUGCAGAACACAGAAAAUGCCACAUCUCACCAUGAAGUGAAAAAGAAUGUAAAUGCUCUGAGCUUUUCCCUUCUGCAAAAUUGUUUACUCUGGUCAGAGGUGCCCGACUGUCUUUCAACUCACGAUUGGAGUCAGUCUCUCAACCGUUUCAUCACUGGGCGGCCAAACUCCACAGUGGAUGAGCAGCUCCUCACUCAUGUGUUGAAUGCAACUAGUAUGGCUUUGAGGGUUGGUGGUUUGUCGCAGAAGAAUGGAAACUCCAAAUUCCCAUUACUUGUAAAGCUGUUGAUGAAUGAGCUUGUGAAUCAGGAGAGUGCUCUACAUCAAACUCUGAGAGUGACAGGUGCCGCAAACUGGGUGGCAAGUGACCCCAACCCUCGCGCCCUGUUGUCGGUACGUCUCUUCCGUACCAUUGCCAACCUCAUACGCCAGACCUUGAAAUAUAUAAGCGGAAAUCCCUCCUGGCAAGACGCGGACGAAGAUUUUUCUCCGGACAAGCUGGUCGAGAGCGUGACCACGGCCCUCCUGCCGGUUCUGAAAUCAAACGAUGAACUCCAGAAUUACAAUUUGGCGGUGCUUGGUUGCACGGUAGAGUGUGUGGCUCAUGUGACAAACACCGGAUGGCCAGGAGAGGAAAUUGCAUGUCAGCUUGCAAGAGGCUUGAUCAGGUUGAUAAGUACAUUCCAUGUUGGCCGAGGUAGAGCCCACAAUUCCUACAUGGGGAGGAUGGUGACCCUGUCUUCAUCCCUUGCUCUUAUCCAUCUGCUGUCACAUCCAUCGGGGAGUCUCACUCAGGAUAUUGGGUCUUGGAGUGUUGAAGAGCAAGGUGACUGGUCGUGGCUGGUGUCGCUGUGGGUUUACCGAGAUCCAGUCGUGACAAGUACUGGACUCACAGUAGCAACGGCAUUAACAACUCAGCCUCAGGGGACCCAGCUCCUGCAUGAGAGUCUUAUCCAAGUGUCUGGAGGAGUGUGGGGAGCAGCCCUUAGCUAUCUGCUGGCUUCUGGUCGGAGUUGCCUUGUCCGAACACUGGCUGCGCAGCUCCUCAUAAAUUUGACGGAGGAGGAGCCUACUGCCAAUAGCCCAUGGAGGUUUCCAGUUGUUUCAGACACCCUGACUGGGGGUUCUGUGGAGGGGGUACCAGCAUUGAUGGUACUGUUAAAGCACUGCAAUUUCUUCAGUGUGAUGUACCUAUCUAUGGCAAAACUAUGGAUUUACCAAGAACAACCUGUAGGAAACACUCAUGAUACCCCAAAUGCUGCCUGGGACCUUUCUCUCAGCAGACUCAGCUCCUUUUGUGCACCAGUUAAUACAGAUGACCUUGGAGGCAGCCAGAGUGAGGUUGGAUCCGAAGACUACAAUCACAACACGCCUUCCCUAGUGUCUUUGCAGCUUUAUGAGACCCUUCUGAGACUCCUCAACAACAUCUUGCUCCUUAAGCCUUCACAAGUUAUUCUGGAGCUUACGUCACAUGGAAUUAUAUCCCUGGUGGUCAAACAGCUCCGUUAUGUGGUGAGCCUCAUCCAAACCUCAGAGCUUCACCUAAAAGUAGUUGAGACAGCCAUGGUAUUUUUGUGCACGGUACUGAAGUACGACCCAACACAGGUGCUGCCUCUUGCUAGAGAUACAAGUCUAGGACAUCUCACACUUGUGGUAUUGUCCUCAGGUCUGGAAAGCGCCCCCAUCAACAUGGUCUGCCUAGAGGUGAUGACAUCCCUUGUAUGGGCAGGAGACUGGGGUGCGGCACACAUUCUUGAGUGGAUUUCGGUCUCUCCUGUCCACACUCUACAGCCAGUAGUAGCCUCCCUCCAUAGUACAGCCCCUCUUGGACUCCAGGCUGCUGCUGCUUCAUUUGUGUCCAGUCUCCUUGCAAGUGUUUAUUCAAAUGAUGUUACAACUCAUCAUGAUCAGGAAGCUACCCUUGCAAACAUCUUAGAUGUGCCUGUCAGGCUAUUGAAUGAUCAGGAUGUUUCUCCUGGUUGGGAGCUCUGUAGACAUCUGAUCCAGCUUGUGUGCGAUGAACAUGAAAUCAAGGACACAGCAAGCAGCACUACAGCAAGGCUAAAAGGGAGUCACAAUCAAGAACAUCAGCACCUCCUCCUCGAGUGUCUGAAGCUUCUACUCCUGGCCUCAGAAGGUGCCAAAGAAGCAGCACAUCAUCUGCGUCUCUCAUUCAUUCCAUUUCUGAUGAGGCCUUUGUUGCAGCUUACAAACAAGAUCCAAAACAUCAACAUUCACAUCACUACUCAGCUUAUGAAUAAAAAGGAGAUCAAGGAAGAUGCCUUUAUAGCAAUUCAACAUCUAGAAGUGGCCAACAACUGGGUAAGAGGCAGGGGACGCUGGAUGGAAACUGUAGGAGAGGUCUUGAUCCCUCUCCUUCACCAGCUGUGGACUCCAGCCCUCCGCACUCCUCCCCUCCUCACAGCCAUGUUGACAUUCAUGGUGACAGCUUCUGCACACCAUCAGGCCUGCUUGUUCCUGACACGCACAAGUGGACUGCCAGGUGUAGCACUGAGUGCCACACGCACAAGUAGACCUCUAUUAGCAUGUGUUACUUCAUUAGUUUGCCAGCAGUUAGCAAGACUCCCUAACUAUACCAGGGUAUCACAUAUAGGUUUCAAAGACCUACCCAAAGAGAGGUUUAUUCAGUCUAUCUCAUUAUUAACUAAUUGUGCAAGGUUGCAAGAAUGUACUCUAAUUAUGAACAAGUGUGACCUAGUAAAUGCCCUUAUGAAAUGGCUAGACAGUAAACAGGCAUUGGAGGAUGGCAUGACAGUCACAGGCAGCAUUGUCAAGUUUAUGGUGGUUCUCACCUCACACCAGGAGGUGCAGAUGUCUGUCUGCAAGACCUAUGGAUGGGUAGGCACCCUUCGUGACCUCAUUCUCCAACCCAGCCUGAGAAUUGAAGCUCUUUUGGUUGCUGCAAACUUGUCAAGAAAUCACCUGUGUGCUCAAGCUCUGCUGUCGUCAGAGGAUCUGCUAAAGACCUUCAUUGAUAUCAUGGCAAGAUUGGAAGAAGAAAAAGAAUCAUUCCCAGUGUUGUUCAUUCUGUGGGGUCUCGUUGCAAACAACCAGAGAGGUCAAGCUAUCCUAAAGCAGUAUCCAGUCCUUCCUCUGCUAAGACACUUACGAGAAACACAGAAAGAGCAUGCUAGUCUCUGUCAGAAAAUACUUAAUAUAUUGGAUAGAUAGCAUUAUAUAUUUGUAAUAUAUUUCAUAUAUUUUAUUAUAACUUCAUUGUAAAUUAUGUAUAUUGUUAUUUUUAUUUUUCAUAAAGAGUGUAUAAACCCAUGAUUUUAUGCUUACUUUUAUGAUUUUGUAAAUUUUAUGAAUAUAUGAACAUAAAAUGUACAGUUCAGGGAUGUGAUGAUCACAGUUAAAAAGAAAACUAUUUCUGUAAAUGGAUGCAAAUAUAUAUA